AAAGGAAUGACAUCACUUAUUCUGCAGAUUUCACAGGCCAAAUGAUCUACAAAACAGGAUUCGUGAAGCUGCAUACAACUUCGCCAAUUCCAGGUUUUACAUCCCUGGAUGUUGAUGCCAAAUACGACUUUACUGGAGACGUGAAAACUGCCGAAGCCAAUCUUAUGAAGGAAGGAAAUAACCAGCAUAUUUCACUGACCUCCACAGUCAAUGACAACGAUUUCCAUGUUGAAGUUGAAACACCAUUUGCUGGUUUUGAAUCUGUGAAGAUGGACGGAGAUUACGCUUACCUCAAUAAUAAACACAGUGUCUCAGCUUCAUUUGAGAAGAAUAGUCAGAAGUAUGACUUCCAUGCUGAGAUUUCACUCAAUGCCAACUCGGUUACCCUGACACUGGUAACCCCAAUAGUAGACAUUAAGCAUGUUGUCAUUAGUGGCAAUUACCAGGCUAUUGAGAAUGGAAUGGAAUGUUCUCUUGUCAUUGAAAGAAACCAGGAUAAGUUUGAGUUUAAUGCUCAAGGGUAUUUUACACCCAAGAAAUCAGAUCUCCACCUCUCACUGGAGAUGCCUGUUGAAGGCUGGAGGAAGCUUGAGCUGGAUACCCACUAUGAUGUUAUCUCCGACAAGAAGUCUGCUGAGAUCUCUUUCCAGAGAGAUUCACUGAUGAAAAAGCUGUAUGUUGAGGGAAGCUACAAUCUGAAAUAUGGAUCUUUUAAGGUUAUGACUCCUAUUGAAGACUUCAGAGUCCUAGGUGCUGAAUAUACACUAAACCUUGAUGAAUAUAACAAGAAACUGGAUGCUUCUGUAAAGAUCAGUCAAAACUCCAAUGAAUGGGCUUUCGAGGCACAUGGACAAUUCAGUGAUGACAACAUUGUCAUUAAGUUCCAGACACCAUUUGAAGGUUUUGACACCAUUGCUGUAGAAGGAAACCUAAACUAUGGAAACAGAUCUGGAAGGUGUCAUUCAGUUUGGACCUUAUAAGUUUACCACCAGCAUUUCCUACGCAAAUGAUAAUAUGUCCUUUGAUCUGACGACUCCCUUUGAUGUUAUCAAGACUGUGUCCCUUUCAGCCCGGUACAGCUGGACCACCAGCCAAAAGGGUGCUACUCUAAACAUCACUUACAAUGACAAGAACUUUGUUCUCUCAAGUUCUCUGCAGCUCUCUACAAGGCCUCUAACAUCACCUUCCAGGCCACAACUCCUUUCGAGGUUUCCAGAACUCCUUCAUUGAAAUCAAGUAUGACAUUGAUAACAGAGAGGAGCUCCUUGCAUCUCGUGUCAGUGUAGAUGAUCACAGCUACAGCUUUGUUGUAGGUGGAUAUAUUGAGGACAAGCUAGCCGUGUUCAAGUGGAACCUUAACUCUCCUCUCACUGGCUGGACUGAUGCCAAGUUUGUAGCUAAGAUUGAUCUUUCCAGUGAAAAUAAAAACUUGGAAAUCUCCCUUGAGAAAGAAGGAGACCUUAAAGCCAUUGCAGUCUCUGGCAAGUUCAUUGGCAGUACACUGGACUUUAAUCUGCGAACUCCUUUCAGAGGGCUCAAUAAUUUCAAUGUGUUUGGUUCUCUUAACCGGUCCAAGAGGUCUCUUGAAAUGAGAAUGAUGAAUGAUGCAGGACAAGCAUCUUUAGCUGGCAAUUUCAACUCCCUCAGAUUCAACAUGAAGACUCCAUUUGAAAGGGCAGAACAGAUCUCCUGGGAGGUCACCAAGACUGGUGAAGGCUCCUACAAGGCUGAAUGGAGGAGGAAUGAUAAUUAUGCCAUAAUCAUGAUAGAAAAGGAUGGAAAGAAAAAUUCUUUCCAAGUGGAUGUGAAGAGUGAGUUUCAAGGAUGGGAGAUCUUGGCUCUUACUGGAAGACUAGAUCAAGAUACAAAACAGGCCUACCUCAGUGGAGCCAUCAAUGAACAGAAAAUCACCAUCUCUGGAUCAGGUUCCUUUGGUAACAAAAUCCAAUAUACCAUGAAGAUUGAAACACCCUAUGAAAACUACAGAGUUGUAGAUGUUCAAGUAGAUUAUGUGAAGAGAAGGAACACAAUGAAGAUCGAGGCUUCUUCAUCCUCUUCUGAUUUCCAUCUUCUUUGGUCACGCUCAGGAUCAGGCCUUGAAGCCCACCUUAUUGUACCUAAUUCACAGCAGAAUACUGAAAUUUCCAUUAACCUCACCCCUACUCAAGGAAAAUAACCAUAACAUCACGAUUCGAGCCUAUCAGGGAUUACCUCCAAGAAUACCAUGUUAACCUUGGUCAGAAUGAUAUCACUGCUGACCAUAUUAUCAAGCUGAAUGGUCAUGAGGUUUUCAAGAUGGACUUUGAGAGGAAUGCUUCUGAACAGAAGGGACACCUGGAAAUUCACAUUCAUGUAGCAGAACGCCACACAACUAUUCAUUUCCAUCGUGAGGGCUUUAGCAAGCUUAAUUUCCUCUUUAAACGUGAGGUUCCCCAGUAUGGCGAGAAACACUUCAAGGUCGACAUAACUGGAUCAGGAGCAUUACCACAAAAGGGUGCACUUGAUAUUGUUGUUGAGAACACCUUCCGUGAACCAGC